CAGUUGAAUUCCGUUUCAGCAAACCGGCAGUUUGAUGGUCACGUGGUAUACAGAGGAAGUGUAUGCGGUGGUUGAGGGUCAACCAUGUUGGCGCUACGAUGGAUUGUGGCACACAGGCGUCUUCCUCUGGUCCUGAAGACGUCGGUGUCAUCGCCCUGUGUGACAUCACUGACUCACCUCAGACCUUGUGGAAGUCUUCAGCACCGUUUCCUUUCUAGUGGUCGCAAUUCCUCAGCGCCUACCCCAAAGGCGAAGCUUGCGACGCGUCUUCUGGUGACGGUGCUGUUCGGCGGUGGCGUACUGGCAGCGUGGUGGUACGUUCAUGAGGAAAAGAAGCAAAUGCAGCGGCAACAACGUGUAGAGCAACUGCGGCAGCUGACCCUGGGUCGGGGGAACUUCAGCCUGCUGGACCACAGGGGGCAACGCCGCACCAAACACGACUUCCUGGGUCGCUGGGUGCUGUUGUACUUCGGUUUCACUCACUGCCCUGACAUCUGCCCUGAAGAGCUAGAGAAGCUGAGCGCUGUGGUGGAGAAGCUGGACCAGGACCCAGCGCUGCCCCAGGUGCAGCCGCUCUUCAUCACCGUGGACCCAGAGAGAGACGACGUGGCGGCUGUGGCCCGGUACAUUAAAGAUUUCCAUCCCCGACUCAUCGGACUGACGGGGACACUGGAGGAGGUCAAAGAAGCGGGGCAAGACUUCAGGGUAUACUCCAGCGCCGGGCCAAAAGACGAGGAUGGAGAUUACAUUGUCGAUCACACGGUCCUGAUCUACCUCAUCUCUCCUGAUGGGCUGCUUCUGGACUACUACAACCGCACCAAGAACGAGGAACAAAUGGUUGAGAACAUCAGAAACCACAUCAGGACCUAUGUCCCCCUGGAAAAGACAUCCUGAGACUGACAACGACUGUAGACAUUAAACUUAUGAAACUUGUAAAAAAAAAGACAUUGUUUUCUCCUGAGGAGAUAUUAAACUGAGCCUAAAAACAAA